AUGGCUAAUAAUCAGGAACCGAAUAGCAACUUCGAUCCCAGCGCCACCCCCCGCCUUCGAUACCCGACCUUCCCUCCGUUAAGCCGCUCCGUCGAAGAGUGGCUGUCUCAAUCACGACUGACCAUGCCAACCCUCAACCAUCCACAACACGAACGUCCCUCUAGCGCGCUCAGCGAGAGCUGGGCCACUCUCAGUGUUUCGGACAUACACUCUGAAGAUGGAACGCGUUCCGAACAAACGGAUAUGGCUUCUCUCAUCGACCAGAAUGGUCCGGAUGAUGUAGCUAGUCUCGAUGGCCGAGAGAGCAGCAGUUAUGACGAAGAUGACGUCCACAACCUCAAUAGUGAGGAAGACGAUGACGUGAAUGAGGACGGAGAGAGUGCUAUGUCAGAUUCACAACAGCUCCCAUUGCCUCUAUUUGCUCGUGAACUCCCAUCAGUGGAGGACAGCAACCUCACAACCAAGCCCUUCAUGUUCCAGUCAUCCGACUCGAUCGAAUUUUUAGAGCCCGAAAAUUGGCCCGAGGUACAGCGGGUUCAGCUCAAGCACACAAUCAACAUUUUGAAUGAUGAGGAAACUGCUGUCUUGAAAAAUCAGCUUCCUAUGAAUCUAGAUGACUGCCAGCUGGCCAUCACUGUGCAGCAGACUAUGACCAAACAAGGCUUGGAUCUAGACAAACCUUUCCGCGUGCUCUACAUGGGUGACCCCGAGUUUCGUAACAUCAUCCUUGACAAGAUCGGCGACGUGCUGGUGUCGAGCUCUACCCGAAGCUUGGGAAGCAGCUCAACUGAGUCUUCUCGAUAUCAUGUGGUUCCUACCUCGUUUGGCGUUGGAGCCACACCAAAUUACGCAGAGCUUCUUCCUAUUCAUGUUCAGCUGAUCGUCGACGAGUGCAUCGGUGCUGUCUCAGAGUUUCACCGAACACCCAGUGGCACCGACAUUACGCUCAACUUCAAGAACCGCCCAUCUUGUUCAUCUGUGUGGACUGGAUCUGAGCAUCAAAUCCAUUCAGAGACUGAGUGGACCAUUCCAGAUCUUGCGAUAUUCCUUAUUUCGGAUCGGGAUGAUGAAGCCAAGAUGCGUGCUAGGCACCUCGCUCAGAGCUUCAUGAAGAUUCACGGCAUUCCCGCUUUGAUCAUUUCAGAAGAACCCCUCUGGAAGAAGCCUGGGCAGCAUCUCUUCCCCUUUGAUCAUCAGAGCUUACAUCUCUGUCUGGAGUCUCGCCGUGCUCUUACAGGGGAAGUUAUCGUUGUUGAACGCUACCCGAUUGAUGUCAAGACUUUUGAGUCAAUUACUCCCAGCCAGUUGAAUCGGCAUCUCGCGUCACUCUCAGAAUUGCGACCCAGAAAACAGUCUACCAGUUCAAUAACUCUACCACCGAAAUCUAUCGAGCCGAACCUAUUCUAUGAUGCGGAAAAGUAUCCUUCGUCGAGGUUUUUGUCUGCAUGCAACGGACGCGCUCAAGAGUUUGCGCCUUUACUACGCGUCUUGAUGCUAUCAAUUGUCCUCGCCAUUUCGGUGUCUCUUGGAUAUACUGCCUUUCGUACCGUGGCUACCUUCAUGUUACAGGUAAUCGGAGGAGCGGCUAUAUCUUCGUCGGCUGCUAGUGACGUUUCAAGCACGGUGACAACAACGACAACGAUAUUUCCAUCUGCCAACACCGGGCUGGCUUCGCUUUCACUCAAACCGCAUUCUACUGAUUUGAGUGAGCGAUUCGAGACGCUAUCCGUUUCAACUGUAGGCGAUUUCUCCGAUAUUUCAAAGCUACUUGAAGACCGACCAAACAAAAAUGACGGCUUCCAAUUCCAAGUCAUUGGGGACUGCCAUGUCAUAAUCAAACAACCCACAACAGCAAAGAAUGUUAGAUUCGAUGUGCGGGUGACACGGUCAAAUGUCUCAUUAUCUUACGAACUAGAAAAACUGUUUGAUGGUGUCUAUACUCUUAAGCUGAAUCGUGAGGAUGCAUAUGGACUUGUCAAUGUCACAGUCUCCACACGAUCUAAGCAGCCUCGCGAGGAGACCCUUGAGGUAGACUUUGGCACACCCUGGUUGAAGAUUGAGAAUUGGAAACGGGCGGCGCACGCUGUAUCAUCACAGAUCAGGAGGGACUUGGACAGCGCUCAGAUCGGUCUUUCAGAUAUCUAUACUCGUCUCUCCACAGACGUACAAUUAUGGGUGGGUGAUGCAGUCAAGAAAUCGCACAACAUUCGAAAGGAAGCAGAAUAUCUUCGCUACGAUACUGGACAGCUCAAGGCAAGCAUGGAAAAGAUCAUGAAACAGUCCAAAGAACUCAGCGAGCUGGUCUCUCGUAGCGCCGCACACCAAAUCGAUGCAGCUUCUGCAGCCUUGGAGAAGGUACAGAAACAUAGCAUCGCUAUGAACAAAGCCGCUCAUGGCUUUCUCGAAGAGACUUCUAGUUUCUUAGGAACUCGCUUGAGGGACAUCGACGGCCUGGUACACGAUGUCAUCCCUUCAGACAUCCUGUCACGCGCUCAAAAGUCUGCAAAGAAGCUUACGGCACACAACUUUUGGUCUCCACACCGACCUUGA